GCGGGCUGACGUCACGGGCGGCGGCGAUGCUAUAAGAGCGCGGCCCAAGCGCGUGCGCUCCUUUUCCUCAGUUACCAGGCUCUGCGCUUAGGCGCCGACGGGCAAGCGGAGCCAACAUGCCGGUGGCCCGGAGCUGGGUUUGUCGCAAAACCUACGUGACCCCGCGGAGACCCUUCGAGAAAUCCCGCCUCGACCAAGAGCUGAAGCUGAUCGGAGAGUAUGGGCUUCGGAACAAACGUGAGGUCUGGAGGGUCAAAUUUACACUGGCCAAGAUCCGCAAGGCUGCCCGGGAGCUGCUGACGCUGGAUGAGAAAGACCCACGGCGUCUGUUUGAAGGCAACGCCCUGCUGCGGCGCCUGGUCCGCAUCGGCGUGCUGGACGAGGGCAAGAUGAAGCUGGACUACAUCCUGGGCCUGAAGAUCGAAGACUUCCUGGAGAGGCGCCUGCAGACGCAGGUCUUCAAGCUGGGCCUGGCCAAGUCCAUCCAUCACGCCCGGGUGCUCAUCCGCCAGCGUCACAUCAGGGUCCGCAAGCAGGUGGUGAACAUCCCGUCCUUCAUUGUCCGCCUGGACUCCCAGAAGCACAUCGACUUCUCCCUCCGGUCCCCAUACGGGGGUGGCCGCCCGGGCCGCGUGAAGAGGAAGAACGCCAAGAAGGGCCAGGGCGGAGCCGGGGCCGGUGAUGACGAGGAGGAGGAUUAAGGCCACACGACCCUCCCGCAGACUGCUGCAGUGUCUUUCCCAGUCAGAUAAUAAAACGUAUCAACACUUUGCAA